AUGACAGACCUUUCAUCAAACAAAGGGAGGAAGAGGGGGCCUACAACCGUGAUCACAGAGGCCUCGCCAAAAUCUGCCAAGGUCAGCUUCCUCACUCCUUCUCUACUGGUCAUGGAGGUCCCUUCUGACACCAACACCAGUCUGCCAGUGUGGGACGCCAUGCACUCCCAACAGGUGGACGUCGUCUGGACUGUGACACCAUACAGUAUCAAUGUCCGCAUCACGCCUCUCCAAGUCAGGGCAGACUACUACACCCUCUUUCCUCAACCUGGAGCGGUCACCAUCUCGCCUCACAAGCCCCAGAAUAUGGCACCAGGCCCAGUCAAAACCACCUCUCUCAUCCUCCCCCUGCCUGUCAUCAUCACCCAGCCCCAGCCUGUCCACCAGCCUACCACCCCAGCCCAAACCCAAGCCACUAGCACUAAUCAGUCCCCUGGUCCAUCCAAGACAGCAGUCAGUCUGCCCUUCCACACAAACACCUCAGGCGACAUCCAGAUCUGCGACCACUUUCUCACUUACUUCUGCUGGAUGGGGAGCAAGUGCAAGCAGCACCACACGCCAUACCCCUUCCACUGGCAGCUGUGGUGCGUCAACAGUCACCAGUGGGUAGACUUCACCCCGCACGCCCAGGUUAAACUAGAGAGGGUCUACUGCAAUGUAAACCGGGAGGAGAUUGGAGUCAAGGAAGGCACGGAUGUGUUCACUCUGCACUUUAACACCAUGACAUUGAUGGACGGGGAGAAAUACGACCAGGUCAGAAGACUCCAGAACACCACCGACCCAACCAAGAACCCUCACCUCUACACCAGGUGGUGUUUCUUCUGGUGGAAUAACCUCAGCUGGACAAAGUACAAAGAUGAUGUGUCCAAGAUCCUUCUGGACAAGAUGGAUGCUGGGAAGCUGGAGUGUCGUUUCCACAUCUUAGAGGUGGAAUACAAGGUGGACUUAUUCAGUAUGAUCCAGACCAACGUCACCACAGGGUUUCAGCGGGCCAUCCGAUGCAGACCCUACUACCGUUCCCUUAAGUCUCUGAGAACACAUUUGAGUUACGCGUCCAUGUUUUGUUUUAACCUUCAGGUGGUUGAUUGGUUCAGGACAGGUAUCCUGCUGGAUUGUCUGGCCGGCACAUCCACUGAGCCUUCCCCGGCUAACUUCAGUGUAGACCCCCUGGAGGAGUUCAGCACCUGGUACCCCCCAGUGUGGACCCCUAGCCCCACCCCAGACCAGGACUACAGCAUGGUGGAGGUGCCAGCCAGCACCCAGGCCUUCCAGAAGAUCCACAGCCUCUUCCACAAGACCCUGUUAGAGACCCGGGUGGAGAUAGUCAGCAUCCACCAGAUCCAGAACGUCCUCCACUGGGACAAGUUCCAAAGGUACAAGGAGCACAUGCAGAAGCGCGGCGACACAAAGGAGGACGAGGCUCUGGAGAGGCACCUGUUUCACGGGACCGUCAGGGACUUCAUUGAGGACACUGCCACAACAACUUCGACCCACGCGUCUCCGGAGUCAACGGGUUCACGUACGGCUACGGCUCCUACUUCGCCGGCGACGCCUCCUACUCCAACACAUUCGCUGCGGUGUCACCUGACGCCGGGGUGCGUCACAUGUUCCUGGCCAAGGUGCUGGUGGGAAAGGUGAGCGUGAGCAAGCGCACAUACCGCCGGCUGCCACCCGUCAGAUCCACGAAGGAGGACUACAACCUGUACGACACCUGUGUGGACCAGCUGGUCAACCCCACCAUCUUUGUAGUUUUUGACCGGUGCCAGUGCUACCCCUACUACCUGAUCAAAUACAAAGAUCUGCUAGAGGUGAUGGACAUCAAUGAGUAGGUUUGCCCUGGGGGUGCUAGUGUUGCUGCCUGUGACUGUAACUGUUGUUGUUCACUGGAUGUUCAUUCCACACCAGACCGUACUGCAGCACCUUGCAUUAAGGAGAAAUACAGCAUUAAGAAUAGAUCAGUCAAAACUGUAUCAAACAAAAUGUUUAUCUGUAUCCAGUCCAAAGGGUAAUGUUCAAAGCCUUCCAAAGACUUGGAGUGUUUUUAGAAUAGAUGUGUUUUAUAAAGCUUUACGAUUACGGUUUUUACAGUAAGAUAGUUUGUACAACGUCCCAUUUUAAAAUGGAAUUCUAAAUGUAACACUAAAACAAGUUUG